AUGAAUUCAGAAUUUCACUCAGCCUCUAAUCUCGCCAGCAAGAGUAUAAUUCUGGACAAAAACGGUCAGCCUAUUUCAGAAAAAACCGUGGAUGGAGAUGAAGAAGAAAUACAGCAAGCCCUACUUCAUCCUGAUGAUCAAGGAUCUCAAAUAGAUUACUUACUGAAACGUCAGAGCAAAUCAGAACGCGAUAUGCUUUCCAUAAUUCCGCUAACCAAUCUCCUUCCUGACACGAAUUACACUUUCGAAUGGUCGUCAGCCAAUCAAUUUCAUCUCACUACUACUCUUCAAUUUAUCACUGCAACCACUCCGCUCACGGCACCUAGUAAACCAACGCAUUUUGUGUUUCUUGUUCCAACCGCGAGUCACUUACGAAUCUCUGUAUUUCUCGACGACCCAUGCCCCUAUGAAAAUGGAGGUCGAGCUGAACUCAGUAACAUUCUAAUUCGCUAUCGUCCUGCGGUACAAGAAUUGGGCCAUGCUUCGUACCGUAGAGGUUCAGAGCAUCUCUUUGGCUAUGGCAAUUGGUCAGAUACUAACAUAUGUAUGCAGAAUCAGGACAAGGAGCCAGUUGACUAUCGUCCAUCUCACUUGUCUCAACAACAGCCGCCAAUCAAAUGGUCCGGAGAUGUUGAAAUUCAGUGCGAUGUCGAGGUAAAAGAUCCUCAGGCCGAUCUAGAGGUUGCUGUGGCAACUGUUAAUCGAUUUGGCACCUCACCAUGGGUUUCAUCAAUCUAUAGAGCCUCAGAUGCAAUGACUUCUGCUUUUUAUCAAGGCAAAAGCAUGCAACAAGAUCCGAUUUUGAAAGAAUUCAUUAAAGAAAGGGUUGAUGAAUAUCUCGAUCAUUCAGGAUUUCAAAACUUUCGCGAAAAAUUGUUACUUGAUCUUCUAUCUAAUGCACGGAUACGUAAAGUCAAUGCUUCUGAUGACGAAGAUGAAACCUCAAAAAUUCAAACGCAGACAUCUUCCAUCACGGAUUUGGAAACUGAUCACCACAAACCGCUUCUUAGCGAACUUGGAUCAUCAUUCAGCUCAACAAUAACUCAGCAGGAUCCGGACAUUUUAUGCCUAAAUAGCAAUUAUCUUACGGAGAUGGCUCAUUCACUUAAUCCCCGCGUCAGUAGCCCUUUUAAAAGACGAGAACUUCUAAAACAACUUAUUGGCAUGCCAUCCAUCGAAACGCGAAUUUGUGAUGCCUGGACGGCUUUUCCGGAGACUCCAGUUGCUGAAAAUCCGACAUCUGAUGGACUAAUUCGAUUGGGUACAAGGAAACACUCUUCAGGUGAAAAUUCAUCGGUCUACGGUAUUCGGCAAGGACUUUUCGAUGCACUCGUAGAUGAUGAUAUUGAAUUACAUUCAUUGUCAUUGAAAUUUAUUUCAAAGGCAUUUUCGUCUUCAUCAACAAAUAUCGAGGAAUGCUACAUUUUACUGGCUGACUAUUUGGAGGGACAAUUUACCUCAAAUUCGCUCAAUAUACCAUUUAUAUCAAAUGGUUUGGAUAUUAAUGAUCCAAAAAUGACGCGAAUUAUGAGAGCUUUUCUUCUUUUACAUGAAUUUCAUAAGAAACUACCCAACUCUUGGCUACGAUAUUCUGAAAAGUUAACAGAAUCCUUGAUGGAUCGCUGUGUAUCUUUUUUAUCAGUUGGAUAUUCUCAGAUCCUGGAAGUGACUGUAGAAGAUGAUAAAAACAGACUUACCCCUCUACAUAUUAUUUCAAUUUUGGAUCCAAAGGCGCAGUGGUUUUCGCUCUGGAUGCGGGGUGCUUAUGGUUGUCGACCAAUGCUCAAGAAACUGGAGAAAAAUAAACAAAUUGAAGGUGAAAAUACAGGGGAAGAUUCAUUAAUGAACCUUGUGGAUAAAUGCCUUCAACGGUUGGCCACUUCACCAGUCGCCAAUGUGCUGUGUUUCGGUUUGAAUGUGGAUAAAUUUCCGCCAUCAAUUUCUCGGAAGGGUAGAAAAAUUUCUACCAAUUCAAAUGCUUUCAGUCAAUCGGAUGUUUCAGUAGUUGAUAUGAUUUUGUCUGAAAUUCGAUUAAUUUUUGAUAAAAUUGGCGCAACAGAAGAAACGGACAAGGUGUACCCGAUUUCAAGCAGCGUUUGCGUAUUAACAAAAGCCUUGGUUAAUAUCUGCCUAACUGUUCAAAAUGAUGAAUAUUUUGCCCAUCGAAGAUCUGAUAGGUUUGUUUUUUGUCAUUCUCCUUUCAUUCGCUAG